GUUUGUUUUCCUUGCAAUAUUGAUUUCAUGUUUGGUGAAUUGAAUGCUAUGUCUGUUUGCUAUGUUAGUCACCUAGUUAUACCCUUUAGUGUAUACUUCUUAGGAAAACAAAAGUGUUUAGUCAAUUUAACUAUUUUAGGUUUCUCAAGAAAACAAAAAUAUUGGGUGAACUUGGCUAUUUGGUAAUCUAGGUGAUACAUGUACUUUCUCUGUUAUUAAACUGUUUAGAGUAGUAAGUAUAGAGUUUUCUUUCACUUGGUUGCAUUUCCUAGUGCUGAAUGUUUUCAUGCAUUUGUCUUUACUCUUAGGAAGUUGUUUGAUUUGUUUGUGGUUAUGCUUCCUACAUUUGGUACCCAAGAACAAUGUGGAAAGGGAAUGAGAUAUAAUUGCUUGCUUGAAUUUGUUCAGUUGCUGAAAAUCCCUUGGAAAUUGUAAAUAUAUUUGCAAACUUUAUUCCUUCACUUUAGGCAUCUGCUAGAAUUGAUAAGGUUAUAAAUUUUUAUGUUAAAUUCUUCAUUUUUGAGAAAUUUAAUUGCUUGACACAAAGAAUUAUUGUUAUGAUAAAUUGGUUGAUUACCAUCUAAUCUGGUACCUUCUAGUUAGUAGAAGCAUUGCUGUUACUGCUGCAAGAAAGUGAAAAGCUGAAUCUUCUUCUAUCUUAUCUGGUACCUUUUAGUUAGUAGAAAGGCUGUAGUUGCUGCUACAAGAAAGUAAAAACAUGAAUCUUCUUCUAAUCAGCAUUUUCAUUGUAUAGUAUUUUUGUUAGUGGAAGUUGGCAAAAGUCUCAAAUUUUGUUUGUUACAGAGUUGUUUUUAUCAUUGAUGACUUGUAGUAUUAUUGGGGCUUUGAAGAACAUUGUUUAAAUGUAGACAAAUGAAGUAGAGGUAUCAUUGCCAUGGGACAAGUAAAGGUUUUUGAUCUGAUGCAGGAUGGCAACCAGGCAUUUUGAGCCAACUGUUCUGAGGUUGGGUGCUGCAUGAAGCUGACAUUCACUGCAAUACAGAAUGUAUGCAGAAGGCACAAACAAUUAGGGAUUCUAAGUACAACGUUCGUAAUAUCAGAUCCAAUGAUGGUGGUAUUAUUGUUGCUAGGUAUCUUGGUAAUGAAAUCUAGAACACUGCUUUAGGCAGGUUUCUCUUCAGGUAAUUUCCCCUUUCUACUCAUUUUUCUGUGUGCAGGUGUCAGAGUUGGCAACACAGCCUGUGUGAAGCUCUAUAAAAAAUCUUAAUUCUUUUUGUAAUUUAGCCAUUAAUCAUCUUAAGUAAUUUUAGGCUUUUAACUAGAUUUGUAAGACUUUUAUUUGGGACUUGUAAAUGGCCUUCAUUAAUUUUUGGAAUUUCAAAUUUUAUAUAAAAUUUUU